AUGACUACAGAACGGUUAAUAGUACUGUUGGCACUUGUGCUUGUUGUGGUAGUAGCAGAAGUUCAAAGUUCUCCGUUGAUAGAAAAGGAAUCCAGGGCUGGCACUGACGUUGAAGCGGGGCGACAACGAGGUCCUUUCCAUUUUGGUGUGUAUCCAUUCGGAUGGGGCUGGGGCAUUGCGGCGUUUGUCAUAGCGGUUGUGAAAGGUGCGUUUUGGCUCGGUAUCAUCAUGAUCUGGGCGUUCUUUAAAGGUUUCCCCGCCAAACAUGGCUGUGCACCGAUUAUUCUGCGCGAAUCCGUACCAUACUACCACGACCAUCAUCACGAUCACCAUGAGGAAAUCAUUUGGGACAAACCUCCGCACCGUAGACGCUCGAUACGGGAGGUGACACAACCGGGCGAAGAAUCCGAUCUACUCCUGACCGACAUGAUUACGGAUCUGGCGUUCAGCUUUCUCGGAGUCCAUACGACCGAUUGUCGUAAGCGGUUUGUGUGUGAGGUGGACGUUAGGGCGAAGAAUGACUACCUGUUGAAGCUGGGUACGCGUAUGUUCGGUGUGGAUAUCUUCCGGAAGUAUCGUUCACCGGAUGAUGUUUCGGCCGAAAGCAUCGAACAGUGUGCUAAGUUGUACGACAAGUGUAAAACGCAAGGAAGUUCAAUUACGAUGAACGUUUUCGAUGGUCAAAUGCAAGGAUCUAUAGAUGAUUAUGAUGAAGCUGUGGCAAAUCAGGAACAACAGCGAUAG